AAAGAGUUUAGUUCAGAUAGCAUGGGCUAUCAGGAGAACAUGGUGGAGGACCUAGAGGAAAAGGUGCGCUCCAGCAGACGGUACAGGAGGAACUCCCUCCAUCACACACAGAUGCUGGAGAGCCAGAUGAAGACUGUGAAAGGCGAGCUGGUGGGCACGCUGGACCACCUUCAGGAGCUGAGGAAUGUCUUGCGCCGUUCCCAGCAGAAAGCCGAAGAGCGCAAAGCCACGAUGGAGAAGCUAGCGGCAGGGCUCAGGUGAAGCAUCUGUCUGCGGCUGCUUUCAAUUUGGAUCAAGGUUUUGACCUUCCUGAUGUCUUACAUCCUGCCAACGAAGAUGUCUAGAGUUUACAUUUAACAAGACCACACCCAUAAGCUGGUUAAAUGGAAGAAGAAAGAGACUUUGAGCUGCUGUGCUGGUACUCACUCUGUUGUUUGGCAUCCAAAGACUCAAUUUAAAAGACGAUCCAUGGUAUUUCACAACCAAGCCAACAAAUGAUAUUUUUCCCUCUAUUCCCCAUUUUUUUGUCCUGCUCUUAUUAAUCUCAUAUUUUGAAGGCUUGAACAUGCUUCUCUGUGUCUUCUGGAAACAAUCUGAAGAUGAUUAUAAAAAUGCUGCUGCUUAUACAAGUGGGAAAGCCACAGAACAGUUUUCAAACUAUUAAAUCACACAUACAGUGUUCCAUAUUUCUGCAAUGUUCUUUUACCUUUUCAGUUCUGAAAUAUGGAGAUUGCACUUGUAUGAAAUCUCAGAGGCAAUAAUGAACAUUAUUCAUCCCCUAAAAAUAUAUCCUGAGCAGCCCUCCUAAAUGUUUUUUUUUUCUGGGUUGCUGUAUGCUCAUCCAUUUAUGACAAGAAAAUAUGAUUGAUGACAUUCUUCAUCCGCAGCCCCGGGAAUGACUUCCAUGUCAUUGCUUCAUGAACCCAGUUUAAAUGAAUUCAACCCUGCCAAUAAUAACAUGUAAGUUGUGUUUUGU